UUCACAUCAUUAGAUCGACCACAUUACCUCGGCACGGCAGCUGCGCUGAACAGCUCCUCCGCAGCCUGAGAGGAUGGACGACUAUGACGCCUACACUGAUUAUGGUUACUACUACACUGAAAACUUCACCAUUGGACCGCUGAAUUUCAGUCUUGACUGCCAGAGCACGUCCCUUCACGGCGCCCAUGUCUUCCUGCCCCUCUUGUAUUGCCUCAUAUUUUUCACUGGAUUUUUGGGAAAUCUUUUCGUCAUCUCGGUCGUGGGCAGCAAAGGCGGUCGGGGUGGCCGCCUGGUGGACACCUUCGUGGUGAACUUGGCCCUGGCCGACCUGGUCUUCGUCCUCACCCUGCCUCUCUGGGCCGUCUCGGCCAGCCAGAACGGGAACUGGAACUUCGGGCCGGUCGGAGACCUGCUCUGCAAGCUGAGCAGCUACGUCAUCGCGGUGAACCGCUUCUCCAACAUCUUCUUCCUCACCUGCAUGAGCGUGGACCGCUACCUGGCCAUCGUCCGGCUGAUGGACUCCAAGUACCUGAGGAGCAGCAGGUGCGUCCGUGCCACGUGCGCGGCGGUCUGGGCCGUCUCCCUGGUGCUCGGCAUCCCGUCUCUGGUGUACCGGAGCGUGGAGCCCUCUGGGGACGAGCAGUCCUGCGUGGAGGACAACGGCUCUGAUUUCUUCCUGGGCAUGAGCCUGACCAUGGCGCUGCUCACCUUCGUCUUCCCGGUGCUGGUCAUCGUCCUCUGCUACGGCACCGUCAUCAAGCACCUGGAGAAGCACUGCGCCGCGGCCGGGAAUCCGCGGGCGGACGCCCGUCGCCGACACUCCCUCAAGAUGGUCCUGUGCAUCAUCGCGGCCUUCGUGGCGUCCUGGCUGCCCUUCAACGUCUUCAAAGCCAUCGUCAUCGUCUCGCACCUCUCGGGCGCCGACCUGGGGUGCGCGGCGUGGCUGAGAAACGGGCUGGAGCUCUCAUGCUGUCUGGCGUUCCUCAACAGCUGCGUGAAUCCCUUCAUCUACUUUUUCCUGGACCGCCACUUCCGGAGGCGAGCAGCUCUCCUGUACCGUUCCUGCGGUGGGAAGACAAAGCUGCACCAGAGCCACAACUCCUCGGCCUCCUUCACCAACGGCGCCACGUCGGAGAGCUUCGCAGCGAGCGCAGAGCGGUCUUGGCUUCAGUCGAUGUAGGGCACAGAGGGAAAACCUGUCAAAGCUGGUACAGUCAUUAUUUCACAACGCCACACUUUCUGUUUUUGACUUGAGAUUAGUUUUCACAGUCAAUGUUAGGCAAAAAAAAAACAAUCAAGGAAAGAGUUUGUUAAUUUCUUUCAUGUACAUUUUGUAUCAGUCAAUACAUUUAUUCUUAAUUUCCAUAAGGAAAAGUCUGUUUGUAUAUUUGUAGUGCUUAUACAAACAAACUAUAAUAACUGAAAUAUACAUGAGUAUUCACUGAAAUUUUGUCUUUAUGAAGUUUAUGUUUUAAGCAUUAGUACUGUAAAAAUUUACCGGUUUAUUGUUGUGAUUUCUUUAUUUUAAAUGUUGCUCUGUGGUGAGAUUUGUUUAUUGUUUUUUGUUGAAAAAUUCUCCUUGUAUAAAAAAUACUGACUGACAUGUAUCUUUUGUUGAAAUGAAAAACAGGCUGUUCUUGCAUGUCGUUUUGGUGCAUUAAACUUUUUCAUUAUAAGUGUCA